GUCAUAUGUACAGGUAAAAAUGAAUUACUCACCUUUAUGGUGUUUGAACUGGGUAACAUUUGAUCAUUUACUUAUAAGAGUGUUUAAUCCCUCCCCAAACCGGAAAGAGAGGGAGAGCUAUACCUCACUGAGGCACUGGCACACGACUAAUGAAUAGUGACUAUUUUGCUCACAAAGUUUGCACCUGAUUGCGCUAAGACAUGGCUACUGCAGGAAAGGUGAUUAAAUGCAAGGCGGCUGUUGCCUGGGAGGCCGAUUCUCCACUGGUGAUAGAAGAGGUUGAAGUGGCUCCACCUCAAAAGAAUGAAAUACGACUGAAGGUGAUAGCUGCAAGUAUAUGUCUCUCAGACGUGUACCACAUGUACAAAGGGAAGCCCAAAGACGGCUUUCCUGUUGUGAUGGGCCACGAGGGAGCUGGUAUAGUGGAGAGCGUUGGACCUGGAGUCACUGAGUUUAAACCAGGUGAUAAAGUCAUCCCCCUCUAUCUGUCUCAGUGUAGAGAUUGCAAGUUCUGUAAGAAUCCUAAAACAAACAUGUGUGAGAAAGACUGGUCUGGUAAUCAGAUGUUUAAGCAGUCACCUUCUGAGAUACGCUUCACGUGUCGUAGUAAGCCACUCCUGCAAUUCAUGCGCACUGGAAUAUUCUCAGAAUACACUAUCAAGAACAAGAUCGCCUUGGUAAAGGUCCAUGAUGAUGCACAGCUUGACCGAGUUUUCCUGUUUGGCUGUGGUGUCUCCACUGGCUAUGGAGCUGCUAUUAACAAUGCUAAGGUAGAGCCGGGAUCAGUGUGUGCAGUGUUCGGAUUGGGUGCGGUGGGUCUGUCUGCAGUCAUGGGCUGCAAACAUGCCGGAGCCUCCAGGAUCAUUGCUGUGGACAUCAACGAGGAGAGGUUUGAGAAGGCCAAGAUCCUUGGUGCCACCGACUUUGUGAACCCUAAAUUACAUCAGAAGCCGAUCAGCGAGGUUCUGAUUGAAAUGACCAACGGAGGGGUGGAUUACUCAGUGGAGUGUGUGGGCCAAGUGGAUGUUAUGAGGAGUGCACUGGAAUCAUGUAUUAAAGGCUGGGGUGUGAGUGUAAUCGCUGGUUGGACAGACCUUUAUGACUUCUCUGCUCGGCCAAUUCAGCUAAUCGCUGGAAGAACCUGGAAGGGAACCUCAUUUGGAGGCUUUAAGGGUAAGGAUGACGUUCCAAAGCUUGUCCUGGACCACAUGGCUGGCCGUAUAAACCUGGAUGUGUUUGUGACACACAACAUGAAUCUGGACCAAAUCAAUGAGGCCAUUAAGAUGAUGAUGGCUGGAGGCUGCAUUCGGCCAGUCAUCAGUGUGUCCAAAUGAGAAGUCAGCAGCAAGACAACUACUAUAAAUCAGAUGAUGCUUAGUUGAUCUCCUGCCUUUUACUAUUACCUGACGUACUGCAACCUUUACAGCAACUCUAAUGUAUUUUUGCCUUCUCUAGACAGGGCUAGAACAUCCACAGCUCCCAUAAAUGUACACUCUUUGCUUCUAAACUCUGUUUCUAAUGUCUGCAUUCUGCUCUCUUGUUUCUGCUUUCUGUAACAUCAUUUAUGAAUUUACAGAAUUAUAGAUUAUAAUUGAUUGAUUGAUUAAAAAUGAAAAUUAUUGUGAUUUAAA